AUGUCGGCUCACGAUGAGCACGAUCCAGACUCGGAUGCGGAGUCGGAGGAUGCCUGCGAGUGGCUGCUUGGGUUCGUGGAACCGCCGCGCAGGCGCACCGACCUGCUCCGCCAUCGCUUUCCCAGCAAAGUGGGCGGCCGCCCGGCCUGGCUGGACCCCCUGCACCUUCCCACCGAGGAGCAGCUGACCUGCCGCGUGACGGGCAAGCCGCUGGACUACCUGCUGCAGGUGUAUGCACCGGUGGAGGGCAAAGCCUCUGCCUUCCACCGCACCCUCUUCCUCUUCAUCUCACCAGAGGGAGACAAGCUGACGCAGGCCGGCAGCGUGCGGGCACUACGGUGUCAGCUGCCCCGUACCAACCGCUUCUACCCGCCAGAUCCACCCAAGAAGACAGAUGUGCGGCCGCCGCAGCUGCCAGAGGAGGACAGGCGCGCCUCGCUGGCGCGCGACAGGUGGCGCGUGCUGGAGGCCGAGCAGCAGCAGCAGCAGCAGGGCGGCGCGCAGCAGGCAGCAGCAGCGCCCGUGCUGGCGGCGGCCGACGCCGACGGAGGUGGCGGCGGGUCGCAGGCCGGCCUGCUGAGGCUGUACCCAGAGGCCGAGCUUGUUGUGGAGCCAGAGGAGGGGAGCGACGAUGAUGGGGCGGGGCGGGACGAGCAUGUGCGGGAGCUGGUGAAGCAGUACAAGCAGGCGGCGGAGCAGGGCUCUGGGUACUCGGAAGAGGAGCUGCCUGGCAGCCUGGUGGAUGAGCUGGAGGUGCGGGUGACCCCCGAGCAGCGCCACUUUGCCGCCUUCCAAGCGAGGGUCGGCAAGGAGCCGUCGCAGUGCCUGCGGUACUGCUUUGACGCCGCCGCCAGGCCGCUGUGGCCCAGCCGCAACAACACUCCGGGCCCGGCCGACAUCCCCGCCUGCGAGCGCUGCGGCUCGCCCCGCCUGUUUGAGUUCCAGGUCAUGCCACAGGCAAGCCUGCAGAUGAUUGUGCACCUAGGGGCUGCAGCCGACGACCCUGAGGCUCCCGACUGGGGCGCCAUCUCGGUCUACUCGUGUGCGGCGUCCUGCAGCAGCGGCGUCACGCCUGGCGCCAGCUCAGCCGACGAGUCGGCGUACCUGGAGGAGUUUGUGUGGGUGCAGGGGUCGGUGUAG